UGUAGCCGUUCUGUAGUGGUAUCGAGUAACAGUAAAAUGACUGGAGUUCUGAUAGGCAACGCCGACCCCACGUUUGACUUUAGACCAAUCAUUGCGAGCGGAGUUUUGAGGCUCGAAGGUCUAUCUAUCUUGACUCUCUUGAGACUGAUAGUGAACCAUUUGCGUCUACUGUAAGGGACAACAAACCACGCACGGGUUGGAUUAUUGCAGGCGUUCGCACCAAAUCUGCAGCUCUCGCUCUCGCACAGCUUAUUUGAUGUCCAUGUCAAUAAAUUGAUGGUUGUACAUGUACAAGGAUGGCGCAAUCAAUUAGAACUUUUUUCGCGACCCGGAUUGCAAUACAACGACGCCGAUUGGUGGCAACAAAUCCUAUCCGCGUCAUAAGUGAGCAAUUGCGUUGUGUGAGCAUAGAACUCCAAGCCCAAAAUGGUUCAGCUGCUAGGUCGGUACCUACCUAAUCAGAUCCGCGACUAUGAUGCAACAGCGGCCUCUUCCCACUAACGAUUCCCUUUCUUUUCUUCUCCUACCAUCUCCGUGACAUCUCUUUCUAAGCUUUGUUAUUUCCCAUUGAACGUUGGCGAGUACCCUUCGUCGCCGCAUCACCAAACUACCCACAUUACAAUAUAGCUACUCGAGUAUGGCGUCAGCGACCGGCAUUCCGGAGGCUUCUCCAGCCCAUGCGCACAUACACGACGAAGGCCGUAGAGAAGACGAACCUCUUCUGGGUCGUCGUGGAGAUGUUUCUCAGCCUGAGGGAAGAGCACUCUACCACAAUGUCUACAUUGGUAAGAGUCAAUGAACUCACCACUUUCUCCGAGCUACAGCUAACUGGCUUUCACAGGCACUGCCGCCAUCGCGCAGGCUGGAAUCGUCCUCCUCAUAGCUUCCGUUUGGGCCAGCGUCUUUCUCAAUAAGCUACUCCCCUUCGUCUCUCCUCAUCCUCUUUUGAACUCGGCCGGUAUAUUGUUCAUAACCCAGGCCAUUCUUAUUGUUCAACCAACGCAUACAGCCCAGCAGAAACGAGAAGGCACCAUUGCUCAUUUCACUUUGAAUACCCUGGGCGUUAGUUCUCUUAUUGCUGGCCUAAUCAUUAUCGAGAUCAACAAAUUUCGGAAUAACCCUCCUCAUCACCUCCAGUCUGUUCACGCAAUCCUCGGCCUUAUUACGUAUAUCGUUCUGGCCCUCCAAGCUUUGGUUGGCUUUACAGCAUAUUUCGUGCCGCAGUUAUAUGGAGGGGUAAACCAGGCAAAGUCCCUCUACAAGUGGCACAGGAUCAGCGGAUAUAUUAUUUUCCUUCUUUUGUUGGCAACGGUGGCUGCAGCAACUCAGACUGAUUACAACAAGAAUGUGUUGGACAUCAAGCUUUGGGCUGUUCUUGUCUGUUCCGUAUUGAUCGUGAUUGGGGUUUUCCCAAGAAUUAAGAAGGAGAAACUUGGACUUGCCAAACCCGAGACAAGACCAAGUGGUGCUUUUGGACAAUGAGAAGAAUGUUUUCUGCGAAAUUAUUUCCCAGCGAGUAAAAUAUAACGGAACUCGGGAAAAAGGCCAGAGGUAGGGACGAAUGUUGCCAAUAGUGGUAGGCGUAUAUGGGAAUGGGAAUGGGAAUGGAGUUUAGGAUGAUGUGAUUUAGGUUAUCUUUCACAGGUAUUGCAUCAGCGAUAUUCAAUGACACUUUCAUGAGCUACAAGUUUUC